AUGCCAAAUAAAGGAAAUAAAACAGAAGCAACUCAACCUUCUAAAGACAACUUAAGAUGGUCUGAUGAGAUGGAUGAAGCUCUGCUAAAUGCGUUAGCAGAAGAAGCAUUGAAAGGUAAUAGACACGAUGGCUCGUGGACAACUGAAGCAUAUGCCAAUGUUGUAAAGACUUUGAGUAUAGCUAUAGGCCCGCACAUAACGAAGAACCACAUCAAGAAUAGAAUGAAGACACUGAAAGAUCAUUUUGCUGAAGCGUAUGACUUAUUUCAUUACUUAAGUGGAUUUGCAUGGAAUCCUGUAACUAGAAAGUUUGAAGCUGAAGAAGAAGUGUGGCAAGACUUUAUUUAA